AUGACAAUCAUGGCGCCGAACAGAAACAGCUUUGGCAACAGAAUGAGCCACGGCAGAUCCGGAAACGCUCCAAUAAUCAACCUGGUGCGCACGGAGUCGAACGGAGACCCACCCCUCGAUCCUCACAAAGAAGAAACCGAGGACGAACGAGCCGAGAGUGAAUCAGAAGAGAGCGAUUUUGGCGCCAACGACAUGGACAAAAUCUUCUCGAUCCAAUUUAUGGUGUCAUUUGACGACGUCUUCUCAGAAUUCGCGUUGAAGCAUUCGACGAUUUCGUCGAUCGACGCGAUGAAAAAAGAAAUUGAGGAUAAAUUCGAGAACAAGAAGGCAACCUAUUCGGACGUUGUGCUUCAAAUUGAUCCGGAAAUCCUGGCGAAAAAGAAAGAAAUGCUCAGGCUGAGAAGAAAACAGUUAAUUAAAGAUGUGUGGGAAAAGCAACAUCCCUUCCGUGCUCGAUUCGCGAGGCUACGCGAAGAAGCAAUGGACAAGUGGCGAGACGAGGCGCAAAGAGCGAUCGAUGAAGUGAACCCACGAAAAGCGCUGCAGAAGAUUCAAAAAUACCUCAACUACGAUCCGACGGACUCGAGCAUGGUUAUCAUGAAGUCAAUGGCUUUUCAACUGCUCAAGGACAAUAGAGUCUCCUCAAUUGCGAUUAACAGGGCAAAUGAGCUUGGAGUGACGGAGGAGCAGGAGAAAGCACUCACUUUGAGCUUGGCUGAGUGUGAAUUCAAACAAGCAGAAAAGUACGUUGAAGAAGGAAACUACCAACAAGCGAUUCGCCAUUACAGAAAAGUGCACGAAAUUAUUCCUGACUUCGAAGAUUGCAUGACCUGUAUCGUCUAUCUCGAACUUGAUCGUGGAAAUUCAUCGGCAGCAAUGGAUCUUCUUCUUCAACAAAUUCAGCGACAUCCGGAUCGUAUGGACCUUCGAAUCCUGCGCACUCGUCAGUAUCUUCUCACGAAUCGCCUUGUUCUCUGCCACGAGCAUUUGGACGCGCUUCUCUCUACCAUUCCAGAUCAUCCCGAAGUCAUAAAAAUGCACGAAGAAUUAGAAAACCGCGGCAGCAAGGCUGAAAACAACUGUAUCAUAUAUUUCGCAGCCGGUCACCUAAAAGACGCCCUGGUCUACAUUGGCGAGGCGAUUGCUGCUCGACCCAAGCUUCUCAGACUUUACCUCUUACGAGCCAAGAUCUACCGUCGAUUAUCAUGUUGGACGCGUUCGCUGGAGGACUUGGAGCUUAUCUACAAGGCGGAAGCCGUGAGUUUGAAACCAGAAGCCGACAGUUUGAUCUUUUGCAUUUUGAACGACGCGGGAGUUUCUUGUUGCGCGGCGGGAAAUUACGACCAAGCAGUUAGACUCUUCACCGCUGUUCUUAGAUAUAUCAAAGGCGAAAGAAGAGUUUGGGUGAAUCGGGCUGAUUGCUGGUUCAGACUUGGAGAGCCAAUGCUAGCGAUUCAAGAUUAUUCCGAAGCACUGAAUUUGGCAGAAGACGAACCCGUUUGCAGAAUCAUCCGUGGGCGCAUUUCAGUCGUUUACUACGAACUUGGCACCGAGCUCUUCCAUCAAAACAAUCACGCGGAAGCAGAUCAUCAUUAUUCCCUCGCCAUCGAGUAUCACAUCCAUAUCAUGUAUUUAAUCCAGCGAUCCAAAGCAAGAAUCCUCAUCGGCAACGAAAAAGGCGCCAAGCUCGAUGCAAUAGCAGCCUAUAAGAUUGACCCUUACAACCGCGAGCUGAUUCCACUCCUGGCGCGGCUUUUCCCUACCACAGGACUACCAGAGGUCGAGGAUCAUCUGAUGCGACACUUUCCGCCGAGAGAAACGCCCUUGCGAGCGAUAAAAACGCACAAGAAAACGAGUCAAGAGAAAAUCUCCGUCGGUGACUUCCGAAAACGUAUCGUCUCGUCGACAGUCAAACCGUUGCCGCCUAUAAGAUCACAAUUAUCAGUUACGAAAGAGCUCGUCAAAGUCGCCGACGAAAGAAAAAUUCACAUAAAACUAUAG